AUGGCCUCCAGGGGCGGUCGAGGUUGCGACAAGCGUGGCAGGGCCUCGGCGAAGGCUCAACCGCCGACCGGCGUGCCUGACACAGCAGAGAACCCAGAUGAUGAUAGAGAGAAUGGCAGUGACAAGAGUGAGCAGCCCGACCAAGUCGAGACCAAGCGCGCCAAGAGAGCGCCGAAGAGAGCUCCUCGGGUUUGUUCUGCAGGAACGCGCGGUGGAGGAUCGUCGGCCGCCGUUCGCACGUGCGGCAGGGUCCCAUGUGGCGAAGUCUCCACCCCCGAGAAGCCGUGCCCCGACUUCGCCGUCUCGGCCUGCGCGAGGUGCUACUACCCAUGGGCUUGGGCGUGGUCAGAGAGGCACCCCGACUGGGUGAAGUUCUGCAGAGCGAUGAAGGACGACAGCUCGAUAGAUGCUUCAUUCGAGGCGACCGCGGCGUCAGCAGAGGAUGCGCGCAACAAGAACUUCGACGAGGAGACCGUUGAUGUUGUCUCGCGAUGCGGUUUCAAGAUGGAGACGCACUUCAGGAUGCACAAGGACGCCGAUCUUCGUGAAGCCGCUGGGGUGCCAGCCGACCUCGACAUGAAGGACUUGUCCCUGGCCGCCAGCACCAUGAAGAUGCCCAGUGGCGCCAGCUGCUGCGGGACCAUCACAGCGAACCCCGACAAGCCUCACGUGGACAUUAGCAGGGGGCAGGCGAAGAAGGUCUUCAAGUCUGAGGUCUCCAACUUGAAAGCUGCGAUGCCCACCGUGGUCCGCGGCAGGAACCUGGCCCCGACACUCGACUCCAUCAGGUUCGAAGCUGCGCUGAAGACGAACGCUGGUGCUGCCGCGGGGAAGAGUACACCGCCUCCCGAAGGUGUUUGCGUUGCCAGCAGCAGGGGCGGCAGCGUGCGCUCCCCAGCUGGCGGGGGCGACAUGCAGAGGAUCAGGCAGUUGGAGGCGCAGGUCAACCUCGAGCACUUGCUGGACGGCCUCAAGCUCGGCGAUAGGGAGUACGCUCUUCGUCGCUUCAAGCCGACUAUUAUCGACGCGCAGAAUCGGAAGCAGGAGUUGUUGGAUCUCAUCGAGAAGGCUACCGAGCUCAGUGUCUCGAACCUCCACAACAUCAAGGACCCGCAGGUGAGCUCGAGGCACCUCCGCGCGCUGGUCAAGGGCGGCAUCGAUUUCAAGGACUGCCCGAAGCGGUGCUUGGCAUGGCUGAGGGCUGGCCUCCAGCGCGACGACGACGCGGAGACCCUCUGGGAAAAUAUCAACCUCUACAUCGACUCAUCGGAGAACCUGGCGUUCGACCCGUUCGCCCCAAGACUAGCGUGCGUGGAGGCGCCCGUUGCCGACAUCUUGAGCCAGGCGAGGGACGACUUCCUCAACUACCUUAUCCUGCCGAUGGUCAAGAAGGGCGAACGUGCGAUGACACAGAUCAAGGAGCUGCGGAAGAUCUUGGUCAAUGCGAGGAUCUGUGCUUCUGGAGGCGUCCACCAUGGCAUGGUCGACUUCCACGAGGCAGCCCUGCUGUGCGCGACUAUACUGGACACACUCGGGGACCGCUCCUUGGAGACAGUGGCCAACAUCGGAGUUGACUUGACGAACUUUCGGAAGAUGCUUAGUGGCGAAUUUGACAGAGAGUGGGCGUCCUUCAGCUGCGAAAUGGACGAUGAGGAGUUUUGGUUGACGAACAAGAACCAGUGGAGGCGCGCAGCACAGGCGGACAUGAAGGAAGCACCUCUCAUGAAGGAGCGGUUGGCCGCGAUCGGGCAACACCAGACUUCCUCGAUGAUCGAGGCCACCAUCUCUGACCUCCACCGCUGGUUCGUGGCAUGCAGGAGUGGCGCCACAAUCCCCAUCGUGAAGGCCGUCAUCGACGCAGCGACGGCCAUCGCAGACAAAUGCUCGAAGGCCACUGGUACUGAGCGCGAGUCGUUGGCCAGAGAGCUUCUGGGGACUAAAGCGCAGCUUACUCGCCUCGAGCAGCUCUUCACCGACAAUGCUUCCCCGAAGAAGGUGCGCGAUCUCUUCGAGGAUGACCUGGCGGCGGUGGCUGAUACCAUCCGAGAGAUGGCAGAGACGGCAUCCCAGACAGCGGCAUGCAACUCCUUCCUGAAGGUGCUGCAGGACUUCGAUGGCAAUCCAGACAAGGGCAAAGCUGCAGGUGAUAUCAGAUUGACGCUUAUCUCGAACAAGAGGGUGCAGUUCUCUACCGCGGAGCACUGCGACAUCAUCUUCAAAGCGAUCGGCUCGAUCGCCAACCACUACUUCCUCAAGUACAAGCUCGACUCGGAUGAUGCCAUGAAGACGGCUAACAUGACCAAUGUUGGCGCAAACGUGGAGUUCGCGCGAGAGCUCUGCGAGCUAGCGGGCCCCGCGGAGGAGGAUCGGCGCUUCCAUUCCUUGGAGGGACGUCUGGCCUUCUUGCAUUAUGUCUACGAGGCGCUGGAUGCGCAUGGGGUCUUGACGCGCAUGGGCGGUGCGGAUCAGCAGGUCACGAACGACGACGGCCCUAACUUCUACAACCACCUGGUCAAGGCCAUGUUAACCGUCAACGCCAGGGUGAACGCGAGCAGCACCAACAUGGACGUGAACGAGAAUGGCGUCAUCCCGCAGAUGGACCUCGAAGCGAACAUGCACUACGCGAUUCAGAAGAUGGGAGAGGCAAUCAACCAAUGCAGGGGUGCGGACGUGGAGCAGGCCCACAUCGAGUUGCAGAACAAGUGCGCCAACUUGGCCAAGCUCGCCUUCUUCGGCGACGAGGAGACGUGCGCGGGAAGGGCGAGGUCAACCAUCUUCGCCGCGAAGGGCCUGGUCGCGAAGGCGCUGAAGGCCAUCGGAGACAUCGAGAAGGCCAAGAAGAACCUGACGGACACAGCCGUGUCGCACAAGAAGGACCUGUUGCCGCUCCACCAGGCCGCGAUCGACAAUGCCACGAAGGCGAUGCUCUUGGCGCACAAGGCGCGGCUCGAGGCAGGUGCGAUCCAGAUCCUCUUCGACGAGAAGCAGACGACGGCGGACAAAACAGCGGCGGCCACGUCGCUAGUGGACUUGCUCCCCGAGGCGGGGGCUUCAAUCCAGGACUUCCACGCGGCUGUGCAGAAGAGCUUCAACGAGCUGCCCCAGGCCUGA